UGUAGAUUUUUGUCUUCAACUUUGGUGUUUUAUUUUUGUAGAUUUAUGAUAUUUUUGUUGACAGUAUAUUUAAAACGCAUUUAAAUAAUUCAUAAUGUCAGAAUUGGAUGAUGAAGACAUGGUGUGGGAUCCUGAGGAAAUAGGCGGAGAGAUGUCUGACCAUGAUAUAGAUGGUGAAGAUGAAGAAGAGAACCAAGCCAUACAGGAUGGUUGUCUGCAGAUAUUCUCCGCCAGUGAUUUCAUUAUGGAACCAGGAGUUUUUAACAUGCUUAAAACAUUUUUACAAGCUGGAGGUUCACCAGAGAAAGUUGUAGAGCUACUAUCCGAAAACUACAAAGCUGUUGCACAGACUGUGAAUUUGUUAGCAGAAUGGCUCAUUCAGGCUGGUGUGGAUAUAAAAGUUGUACAAGAAAUGGUUGAGAACCACUUAAAGACAAUGAUUAUAAAACAUUUCGACCCAAAGAAAGCAGAUUCUAUAUUUACAGAUGAAGGAGAGACUCCCUCUUGGUUGGCGGAGAUGAUUGAAUACCCUACAUGGAGAGGAUUAUUUUACAAAUUAGCAGAGGAAUAUCCAGAUUGUUUAAUGUUAAACUUCACUGUUAAGCUUAUCUCAGAUGCAGGAUUCCAAGGGGAGAUUACCUCUGUUUCUACAGCCUGUCAUCAGAUAGAAGUAUUCUCCAGAGUUUUACGAACCACAAUAUCUAGUCUGCUAAAUGGAGGAGAAGAAUUGUUAGAAAAAAAUCUCCCAGAAUUCACAAAAAUGGUUUGUCAUGGAGAACAUACCUAUCUAUACAGUCAAGUGUUGAUGCAGAUACUGUCACAGGAACCAAAAGGGGGAUCUAAUAUUAGAAGGUUGUGUCAGGAAUUACAAAAAUCUGCUAAUGAAAGAGGAUUGGAUGUAACCCCUAUAACGCUAGCUUUGAGUGGUGCAGCAGCCUACCCCAGGGCUUGUCAAGCUUUAUCAUCUAUGUUGUCAAGGAAUGCAUUAAAUCCAGCAGAUAUUACCAUUUUAUACAAAAUGUACACAGACAUGAACCCUCCACCAGUUGAUUUGAUCAGAGUACCAGCAUUCCUUGAUUUACUGAUAGAUGCCAUGUUCAAACCAGUAUCAAAAGUGAACCCUGAACAUAAAGCUAAAUAUAUAUAUGUUUUGUCAUAUGCUGCAAGUGUCACAGAAACUUAUAAAAAGGGACAAAGAAAAUCAAUUGUUAAAGAUGAAUUGAAACCAACAACACAAGCCCUAGAGAAAGUUCAGUCAUUGUGUGCUGAAAACAAAAACUCUUCUGAACUUAUUGCAGAUGUUAAUGUAUUAUUUCUAAAUUUAAAGUUUCCGGUGAUAGCCUAUGGUGUUUUGAAAUGGGUAGACUAUACAGUUUCAGAUACCAACUACUUCAAAUUAAAUACAGACCAUACUCCAUUACACUUAGUCCUUAUAGAUGAGAUAGUUACCAAUCAUGUUUUGUUACAUCAAAAAGCAUUAGAUCUCCUGGUCAGGUUGUUUGAAUCAACAUUUGAAGAACUAGAUGUUUUAGUCAGACUUGAUUUGAAGAAGACAUUACUAGACAGAAUGGUACAUCUCUUUAGUAAAGGAUUUGUCUUACCAGUGGUGUCCUAUAUAUGUAAAUGCUGGGACAAGCAAGACACUGAUAUCUCUUUAAUCAGACAUUUUGUUACAGAGGUAUUAGAUGUGAUAGCACCUCCUUUCACUGCUGAUUUUGCCCAAUUAUUUCUGCCAUUAAUAGAGAACAAAGAUAUAACAGAAUCAAUUAGAAUGGAUGAUGGGAGUGACCCAGUAUCAGAGUUCAUAACUGAUGCGAAAGCAGCCAUAGCUGUUUGAAAUUCAGAACAAAUCAUGUUUCCAUGGAUACAGCUUCCUAUAUGUUGUAAACUAUUGGUUACCAUGACAACUGACUAUAAAGGCCAAAAGAUUGUAUUAGUCAAGUUGAUGAAGAAUCACAAAGAAGUAUAAAAUUUAAUUGUGAUUAACAUAGAAUCAUGAUUAAAAUAUGAACCAAAGAGUAAGCUUAUAGCCAUUUUUUAAUCAAUUGGCAAUCUGAAGAAUAAGCAAUUUGUUGUGUAUUCAUUGUUUGUUAAAUUGGGAAAAAAUUUGAAAAACAAACAACUGAGAUAAGAACUUGAUAUAAAAAGUACCCAUAUGUGUUCAAUGUCUGUAUUUCUACUAUUAUUUUAUCCUUAUUGUGUGUGUAACAUUUUCAAUUAAAGUUCUAUAUUUAUAUGUACAUAUAAGGUAUACUAUGAUGGUGAGGUCAAAAUGAUGUAGCAAUAAGUCUCUGACAUACAAUUAAAAGGUUCUAAACAUCACCAAUUGGAGCCUCUAUUAUUUGAGACAAUAUAAGCUGAGAUCCAGGAUUAUGUUGUAUUGACGAAAAGUCUAAAUAAAUUCUUUUAAUACAGUUUUUAUUGUAUAACUCACAUCAAAUCUAACCCUCUUGAUGUAAUGAAGAUUUUUUUUUCUCAAAAUCAACUGUAACUGUCUAAUUACCUAUGUACUUGUGAUAACCUGUUGCUUAGCAUCCAUUAGCUUUAAGUAGAAUAGGCAACACUGUCCACUCUAAGAUUUCUUAUGUGUGGAUUCAAUGUCAGAAAAGUUGUGAGUUUGAACCCAACCCUUGGCGGGGGGAUUUUUGUUUACUAAAUAAAACAGUUUUCCAGUUUAAGGUCUAUAGGUUUCCAAGUUUCCAUCUUUCAAUAAAAAAACUGUUCUUGUAUUAUUUUAAUGUCAGAUAUUUUUGUUGUGAUACUUUGAGGAAAAGACUGUUAAACUGAUGUAUAAGAAUUUCACUGUUACAUUUCUAUAGAUCCCUCAUUAGACUUCAUUGAACUAGACAGUUAUCACCCAUACCAUAAACUUGUGUAUGUAUUUGUUAAUCUAUAUUGUUAUUGUUAUAUUGUGUUAUGACUACAUUUAUAGGAUGAAAUCCCUUAGAUUUAGAUCUGUGUUUAUAUAUUUUAUAUUAUUAGUUAAAUGAAUCAUAAGCACAUAUUCAUUUGUCAUUUUAUAAGAAAAUAAAGAAUUAUGAAAUAUUA